GUGGGCAGGCGGCAGGCAGGCGGCAGGCAGGCCGCAGGCAGACCGGAGGCAGGCGGCAGGCAGACCGGAGGCAGACCGGAGGCACACCUCCCCGCCCGGGCCUGCUUCCGCUCCCCCAUCAUGGCGGCAGAUGGCGGCAGGGCCUGCUUCGUGCUGGGCGCCUCGGGGGCGACUGGCCGGGCACUGCUGCGGGAGCUGCUGGCCCGGCGGCUCUUUGCCCGGGUGACGCUGGUCAGCCGGCGCCGGCUGAGCCUGGAUGAGGAGACGGAGGCGGCCGUGGAGCAGGCGGUGGUGGACUUCGAGCGUCUGAGUGAGCACUCCGCCGCCUUCCAGGGGCACGACGUCGGCUUCUGCUGCCUGGGCACCACCAGGGCCAAGGCUGGGGCGGACGGCUUCGUCCGCGUGGACCGGGACUAUGUUGCGCAGGCAGCGGAGCUGGCGCGGGCAGGGGGCUGCAAGCACUUUGUCCUGCAGUCCUCCCGGGGGGCAAACCAGCACAGCCGCUUCCUCUACCUCCGUGUGAAGGGAGAAGUGGAGAACCUGGUCCAGGCUGUUGGUUUUGAUCGCUGUACCAUUCUCCGGCCAGCGGUGCUGCUGUGCAAGCGUCAGGAGUCCCGGCCCGCGGAGUGGAUAGCCCAGCAGUUUCUGGGUGUCGUGGCUUGGGUCUUCCCCACCGCUUACUCAGUGCCUGUGGAAACGGUGGCCAGGGCUAUGGUGGCCAGCGUGCUGCAGCCAGGCAAGGGGAAGGUGGAGGUGCUGGAGAACAGGGCCAUCCACGAGCUGGGAAAGGCAGUGCCACAGCAGGGCACGUAGGGCAAAAAGGAUGGGCAGGAAAGAGCUUGACUCACUGCUCAGAUGCUCCUCUGGGCCAAGAACUAAUGCACGCAUGGGAGGGGAGCGUGGUGCUUGUGUUAAUGUGGAGGUAGAGGUGCACUUCUUUGCACGGCAGCUGAUACUGUCAAGCGACCAAAAAUGUGGGUGCUGGCUGGGGGGUGAGGAGAAACAAUGUGCUCUGCUACUUGGAUCCAGCAUGUGAAUCCAGGUAAAAUGGUGUAAUCCAGGCAAUUUCUUGAAUUCAGGGCUUAAAUAAAGUCCUAUAACUGUUC